GCUGCCGGCGGCGGGGGCCGCCAUGCCUGCGGCAGACGCGCGCGCGCGGCCGGCGGACGGAUGUUGACGCCGUGAGGGAGCGAUGGCGGCGGCGGCAGGGCCGGGGUUCGGGCCCGGCGAGCGGCAGCGGCGGGUGCAGGCGCUGAGCGCGGCUCUGCGCGGCCGCCUCGGACCGUACGAGCCGCUUCUGGGCGCCCUGCAGGCCGCGCUGGUGUGGGAGCGGCCGGGCCGCAGCGCGCUGUGCUGGGCGGCGGUGCACGGCCUGUUCUGGUUCUUUGCUCUGACUUCCCUUCGUUUGCUUUUCCUGGUUGCGUUUACCCUCCUAGUAGUAGUGUGUAUAGACCAGUGGAAGCAUAAAAUCUGGCCAGAAAUUGGAGUGGCGAGACCUGACGAAUUAGACAAUGAGAGCUGGGGAUAUGUCCACCCUCGGCUGCUUGGACUGCCAGAGCUCUGUCACCAUUUGGCUGAAGGAUGGGUGGCUGGGACCAACUUCUUAAAUAAUCUCUUCAUUUUCAAGAGGCAAAGCCCUGGCAAGUUUUGCCUUCUAGUGUGUGGAGUCUUCACUUUCCUGGCUGUCCUUGGCCGGUAUAUCCCUGGACUCUUGCUCUCGUACUUGCUGUUGCUCCUCGUCCUGCUGUGGCCCCUCGCCGUGUACCACCGGCUGGGGCAGCGCAUGUACCUGCGGCUGGAGCCGGCUCUGCAGCGGCUGGACUUCAGCGUCCGGGGAUACAUGAUAGCCCGGCAGCGGGAGAGGCAACUGCGUGCCCAGGCCCUCGGUCAGGAGGCCACGGACGAUGGGAGCGACAGCGAAGAGGAGCUGGCUGCAUUCUGCCCCAAGCUGGAUGACUCUGUGGUCGCCAAGGAACUGACCAUCUCUGACUCGGAGCAUUCAGAUGCUGAGGUUUCCUAUACUGAAAAUGGGAUAUUUAACCUUUCAAGGGGCCAGACUCCCCUGACAGAGGGAUCAGAAGACCUGGACGGACACAGUGACCCAGAAGAAUCAUUUGCCAGGGAUCUCCCUGACUUCCCUUCCAUCAACCCAGAAGCAACUGGCAUAGAUGAUGAAGACGACACCAGCAUUGGGAUCCCAAGCCUGGCAUACCGCCCACAAGGGACAGAGGAUCUGCAUCUCCCGUACGACCAGGAGGAGUCUGGCACGCUGCCGUCGGUGCAGAACCUCACCAACAACAUCGCUGGCUUUGUCACCAGGGGGAUGAUCCAGCUGGCACUGUCAGGAGCCCCUCAGCCAGGCUCCUCACGCAGCACCAAUCCCCAGAGAGGGGCAAAGACUCACCUCAGAGCAGUCAGCUCGGACUUGGACACUGAUGCCGAAGGGGAUGAUUUUGAACUGCUGGAUCAGUCUGAGCUGAACCAGCUGGAUCCUGCUGGCUCCCGAGGCCAGUAAGCCAUCCCAUCACUUCCCUCUGGUUUUCUAUUGCGUGUCACGGAGGGAAUCCUGGAAGGAAAAGCCUUGCACAGUUCUCUCAAUCGUCUCCUGUGAGUCUGAGUGACGUGACAGCCAGUCCUGGCUGGGAACAUCACUGUGACUUGUGACUCUGUAGCCUCGCUUGGAUUUUAAAAUAAAAGACACUGGUAAUCCCUAGGGAGAGACAUUGAUGGGAUAGGUCCACAAUCACCCUGUGCUGUCUGCCAGGAUGCUGCCUGCUCCAAACUUCCUCACCUAAGACAAUAAAUGUGGUGUCUGCAGCUCUCGAGGCCGGUGGGACCGACGGCAUUGCCAGGGACAAUCGUGCACUGACCUCUGGGGGCUGAUGCACAACCAGGGGAACAGGAUGAGGCCCUUCAGGCUUGGUGUCUGGGACUCAGUGCUGUUCUGUCUCAGACAGCCAUUCCCCGCUCCUAAAACAUUCACAAAUCCAAGUCUUCUCUCCCAGCAAUAUCCAGCUCCAGGUGGAACCAACCCCCUUGCUCCACUGUGGACGUUGUGCAGCUGCAAUGUUUUCCUUGCACUGGCCACUCCCUCGGCUCCAGCUCCUCGUGAUGCUGUUUUUUAAGAGCUCAAUGGCAAUAAGACACCUGCUGUGACCACCAGAGUCCUGCAAGAAUAUCCACGUGUGGCCCCUGCUCUUGUGUUGCUUUCCUGAACUAACAGCCUUUCUUGAGAGCCAACUAACACUUUGCUAGAACUCCCUGUGCUCCUACCCUCGUGUUCCUGUGGGCAGGGCCGAGGUUUCCUGGAGGAGGGAGGCAGUGGGACAGGGGUGCCUGGGCAGUCGUGUGUCCCCCUGGCCCUAUUGUGUCCAGCCUUGUGCAGGCAGAAUCCACGGACAGGGGACACCAGCCCGGGCUGCCAGUGACUGAGGAGCUCAUGCCCACUGCGGUCCCGUGAACAAACCAGCAGCCCCCGGGGAGAGCCGCCCCUGCUGUGUCCGCCGAGCUCCCCCCCUUGCUUUUCCUAAGCCAUAGACCCGGUUCUGAUCACGUUUGUGCAGCCAAGAACGUACCUCGGCAGGGACCCCA